AACACGCGUUGAUUCAUUACCGCACGGCAAAAAGAUAGCAGCGAGAAGGGAAGAACUAAAAUCGCACGGAUUGAAGACCGCGUUGAUUGUGYGUGCCCGACGAUGGCCAAUCGGCACGAGUGCUUUCAGASUCCUUUCACGGAUUUACUGUUGCUGCUAAUAACUCUGGUUGCGUUAGUUACUACCUAUAUUCAAYUUAAACAACKGCAUAACCAUGUUGUCUCGAUCGUCCACUGUAGCAAAGACACUCUUGUCGAGGACACGAGGUGUAGCAGCUCGAAGUUUCAGCAGCGAGGCGACGGAGGCUGCAACUUCGGUGUCCCUCAACUUCAGCGUUCCCUAUGAAUCGAUUUACGAGGGCGCCUCGGUCGAAUCAGUUAUCAUUCCUGGAACAGAAGGAGAAUACGGGGUCACGGCCAACCACGUUCCUUACGUAGCUCARAUGAAACCUGGAAUCUUGACAGUGCAGUUCGACGCGACCGAAUCCGAGCAGUACUUCGUUGCCGGUGGAUACGCCGUCACCCAUGCCAAUUCAGUGACCGUAAGUACUUGAUGGAGAAAARUAGCGUUUGAACAAGCCAUCGCAYGUAAAAUGCUGGACUGAUAGUUUGGGAGUCUCUUUCGCGCUAUGUGUCGCUCAUCGAUUGAUGACUUUGUUCCCUGUUUCCAAUCUUCCUUUCACCGCGCAACUACUCUGAUCCGAACUUUUUCCUCGAUCUAGGAUGUCGUCUGCGUCGAAGCCGUCAAGGUUGACGAUCUUGACGCCAGUGCUGUCAGUGCCAAUUACGAAGCUGCCAAGAGUGCUGCUGCAUCCGCUGCCUCUGGAUCUCAAGAAGAAGCCGAAGCACAAAUUGAUAUGGAAGUGAACAAGACGAUGGGUGCUGCUCUUGGACUCACCCUAGGAUAGAGAUGUUCUUGAAUUAUAAAAACAAGAAUUCAGC